UUUCGUUUUCGCGCGCACAGCCAUGUUGACAGAACAGCUGUUUGAAUUGAAGACUCGAGACAUUUCACGUCUUAAAAGUACCUAUUGUAACAUUGUUUGUUUUUUCCAAUGAAGAUUAAUAAUUUGUUGAUAUCUUAUAAAUUAGGGUAAUCUAUUCAAGUUUGCUAUGAAUUUACUGUGAAUGUGAUCGUAAUGUGUCGUUAAAAUGGCCUGUGUACUGCAAAACUGCAACAGUGAUUUACCAAUAGACGAGAAUUUUGAUUUGAAAUGGAGCAGAUUUUCCGACUGGCUGCAUUGCAUAUGCGUUGUUACCUUCGAUUUGGAACUUGGUCAGGCUAUGGAAAGUGUUUAUCCUCCAGGGGUUAAGUUAAGUGACCAAGAGAAAGGUAACAUUUGUUACUUGGCGUUCCCAGAUUCGAACUCAGGAUGUAUGGGUGAUACACAAUUUCACGUACGAUUGCGUUCUCGAAGCCCACUUUCUCGACAGCAGGUGAUAUAUAACGAGGACAGUGUACCUAAUUUAAGAGCUGAUUCGACUCACCAUUGGGGCUUUGUUUAUUUUCGUCAAGUAAAAGACCCGUCUUUGCCGCGUGGGUAUUUCCAGAAAAGUAUAAUUUUAUUAACACGCUUACCGUUUAUUAAUCUGUAUUAUAAAAUAAUACAGCUGAUUGCUCCAAAGCAUUUUGAAGAGGGUGAAAGUAGCUUGGAGGCUGCAUGUCACGAUAUAAAUCGAUGGCCUUUAUUAAAUGCAGGUCAGAAUGUGCUACUUCCAGUUUUAGGAUCUGUUUUUCAGUUAUACAUCCCAAACCAGUUGACAGGAAAAGUAUUGAGGUCAGAUAUUAUAAAAAAAAUCCAUUCUCCUAAUGUACCACACAUAUUAGUUUGUAUACAGGACCUGAAUGUAUUUGAUCCUCUCUCUAGCUUAAUAUCACAUCUUCAUUUAUUGUGGGAAUUAGUAUUGACUGCAGAACCCAUAGUUGUUAUAGCAAGUUCACCAACAGAAUGCUCAUCUUUGGUCCAGGCACUCACAUAUCUGAUUCAGCCAAUACCUUAUUCUGCAGAAUAUAGACCAUACUUCACAAUACAUGACAGUGAGUUUAAGGAAUUCACUAGGAAACAGUUUAAUCCACCAUGUGUUAUACUUGGUGUAACGAAUCCAUUUUUUACAAAAACACUACAACGUUGGCCACAUACUAUAAAAUUAGGUGACACUAAUUCGUUGAAGUCAAAAUUACGGAAGGUUGCUACCAUGAAACAGCUAGAUACUGCUCCAGGUGUUUAUACUCAGUAUAAGACCUAUUUGGAGAAGGACAAGACUAUUAUUAAAAAACUACAUAAUGGUAUGAGAACCGAUCGGCCAUCUGAAGUACAAACAGCAAUGGUAAAACGCCAUUUAUUAGAAUUGACGCAGAGUUUCAUGAUACCACUAGAGAGGUAUAUGGCUUCGUUGAUGCCUUUACAAAAGAAUAUAUCACCGUUCAGGGCACCACCAAUUCCCAAUCCAUUUAAUCCUGAAGAUUUCUUUGCUACAUUACAACAAGCUGGACCACAAUUGACGUCAGGAAUAAAGGGAGACUGGAUAGGGUUAUAUCGCCAUUUCUUCCGCACAGCAAACUUCAGUGCAUGGUUCCAUGAGAGGCAUAGUGAUCUGACAAAUAAGCUUCAAGCUUUGCAAUUGGAAGCUCUAGCCGAAAGUGACUUAAAGAAAUGGUCUAUUGGGAAGAGAGAAGUUGAAAUAGUUGAUAUGGUGCUUAAAUUGAGAGAAGUUUUGAAAAAUGACCCACCUGUGGCUGACAACACAAGGACAUUACUAGCUCGUAGAUUGGAUGAUCUAAAUUGUGUUCUACCCGAAGAUAUGAAGCAAAUCUUGAAUGCAGCUUCGUGACCCAAGAUUUGCUGCACCUUGAAAGUUAGAUGCAGCAUUCACAGUCAAAUUCAAAAUGUUUCCUAUAAAUGUUUUGUACCUUGCGCUUAGGUCUGGCCAAAUUGAAGAACUGUGCAUAAGUGUUUCUUUAACUAGGAUAUAUAGAUAGAUACUCAUGAUUUUAUGAUAAGAAUUAUUAAAUUUUGUAUUUAAAUAUUAUCAUCAGUUAAAAUGUACCAUUUGAAUUUUGAAUAAUAUAUUAAAUAUUAUGUGAUGGUAAUACUCAAAAUAAUCUAAAUUAUCAUGAUUUUGUACACUAUUAUAACUACAGUAAAGGCCAUUUCUGUUGCCUUUCACAGGAGGUGUAGGUCCAACUCUCGCCCACCAUCAAUGUGUUUUCGGUUUUAUAUGUUUAUUUAUUCAACAAUGCUUUAGGUUGGCUAGUAUAAUUACUAGCACAAUUCAUAGUGCAGAUCAGAUUAUUGAGAUUUUCAAGAACCCUGAGUGGCAUUACAUUGUAAUGGACAGGGCUUAUCGAUUACCAUCAGCUGAACAUCCUGCUUGUUUCUUCCCUUAUUGUUUUAACAAAAAAUACCAAAAAGGUUGGCAACACUUAUGAUUUCUCUGGAGUGACAACAGAGUAUGGACCUUGGAGAUCACAUACCAUCAACUUAACCAAAUGUAUGCUUUCGAAAAAAAUUUCUGUAAUUUUGAAGUGCAUACUUAAAUUAAAAUUUAGUGAAAAUUUCAUGAAGAUAUGAUUUAUGAUGAUGGGAAUUUGAUGCAUAUACAUAAUAUAUAACACCAACGAUAACAUAAACGCCAUCACACUAAAUAUCAAGUUCUAGUAUGUUGUGUGUUUUUGACAUUUGACCUUUUGACAUAUUGUUGGAUACAAUAAAUAAAGCUAAGAGAUGGUUAAUAGUUAAGGUAAUAGUUUUUAUAUUUAGGAGGCACACUUAUUUGUCUAUGAUUUAAAGAUAUUUUUGAUGUUUUAAAUCUCAUUCUAUAAUUAUAAGUCAAUGUAUACUUAAGUAAUGUAUAUUUUGUAGUUGUUAUCGAAUAUGCAUAGAUGGAUAAAGUUAGCUUAGUAAAGCUAAUUAAUUAAUAAGACUUGCUUAUUUUAUUAUAAAUGUACUUACUUAUUAAAAUUGUCUUACAAACUGCAGUUUCUCAGCCAUGAAACUGGAGUGAACUGUCAAAUAUAUUUUAAACACACUUUCUUGUAAAGUGAGCCUCAUAACAUAAUUCUAAUGGCCGAUAAACCAAACCAUAACACACAUGUGCAUAAUAAGAAUUAUCCCUACAAAGUAAAGUUAGUACCUUACUGUUAUAUGAGAGUAAACAGAGAAUUUUUAAUUUAACCGGGUAAUACAGUGGUCUGUGCUUAUUGUAACAACAGAGAGGUUUUAUACUGCUGAAAACCCAUUUACAUUUUUUAAUACGAUUUAUGCAAUACAUAUUUGUUUUUUACUGGCAAGUGUGUUGAAAAAGUGUGUUUGAAACUCGUGCAACUAGCUCACUAGACACUUGGCUGAUUUACUCCCUCGACUGCGGCUUGGGUUGCAACCCACAGCCUUGUCUAUUACGACUAACUCGGCUAACUAUAAAUCAAUAAUCGCUAAUAAAUCCAAAUAUAAAUUCCUUGUGGGACUACUGUCUAUAUGUACACACAUAAGAUUCCUACAUAAGCUUGCAACACCCCUGAUAUUGAGGGACUUGUGCAGCCAUUGUGUGCUAAAUGUUGGCAAUAUGAAUAAAUUUAAAAUCUCAUAAUGAAAAAUGAUUGCCAUAUAUUUUAUUUUCACAUACAUCAGUUUAAAAAACCCGACCAAGUGCGAGUCGGUCUCUGAUUCCGUACCAUUAUCUAUAAUAACAAUAUUCUGUGAAAAUUUCAAGCCUACCUGUCAUCAAUAUCGAUCAAAAGCGAGCCCCCUUAUUAAAUAUAUUUAUUUAUAUGUGCAAGUUUGUACUGAUAAAUAUAGAUAUUCUUCAAUGCCCAUAAUUAUCAUGGAAGUAUCCAAGCUGUGUUUAAGUAUAGGUAAUUUGAUUAUUUAAUUGCUCAAUAUCGCAAAUAUUAUGUACCUAUUACUAAAACCCUCCACCUUUAAGUAAUAAAUAUUUUAUGAUGAUAUUUACUAUUUUAAAAAUAUUAGAAAAUAAAAUUUGGUAGUAAUAUUUUAUCUGUAAUUAGAAAUAAAAUUUAUGAUAUUGGUAAAAGAUCAAUAAAUUUUUAGUAGUUUGUAAAUAAUACUUAGCAAAUAAAUAUUCUGUUACUAGUGAUUUUAUCGUAGUUAUGACUUCCUAUUUCAACUACCUGAAUUUACUCUCAAAAAGGAUUCCUUAUUUUUUGUCAAUGAUCAAAGGAAAUAAUCCAAUAAUGUUAUAUGGGGAAUGGUAAAUAAAUUCCAAAAAUAGGCAUUAUCUUUUAGUGUUAAUUUUAGUUAUAAGAUAUUAUGUUAAUACUUGUUUUAUGUUGGUGUAAAAUAAAAAUAAAUAUUUCAAGUAA